AUGGAAACAGAAGAGAACAACACCAUAGAAGCAGCUCUAAGUGUUGAACAGGGGCAAGCGAAGGAGGAUCAAAUUCAUGAAUAUGUUCUUGCUUCUGCGCAUACCAUUGAUCAUGAUUCAUGGAAGCAAGUUGGGUUGAUGCUGGUAACAAGCUUCAACUGUGGAUACAUACUGAGCUUUUCAAAUCUCAUAUUGGUGCCUCUGGGUUGGACAUGGGGCAUCAUUUGUUUGCUUCUUGUGGGUCUCUUCACUGCCUAUGCUAACUGGCUCUUGGCAGGGUUUAACUUUAUCAAUGGCCAAAGGUUCAUCAGAUACAGAGAUCUUAUGGGCUUUCUUUAUGGUAGGAAGAAAACUGUUCCAUAUCACCUGGAUUUUCCAAUCCUUGACCCUUGUUCUUGGGAACAUGGGAUUCAUACUUCUUGGAGGAAGGGCACUCAAGUUGAUACCAAAUGUACAAAUGAAACAAGAAAUCAAUUCGGAGUGCAGCUCUUCUCCCUUGAGGCUCCAAUUCUUCGUCAUCGUCACCGGAGCCACCUACUUCUUGUUCGCAUUAUUGGUUCCAACAAUGUCGGCAAUGAGAAAAUGGUUGGCAGCCGCUAUGUUUCUUACCUUCGGUUGUCUCCAUACUUCUGGUGGUACUAG